GGUAUCUGCGGCCAUCCGAGAAGCAUGUCCAACCGGAGAAAUCUCUCCGUGCACUUGCACCGAGUACCUCGAGGGUGUGGAAGUGGAUUGUUCGAGAGCCGGGACGAGUGCUCAGAUUUCCUUUGCAUUGCAGAACGCCGAUUGGCCCUCCUUUCGACUCUGGCGAUUCUGGAUGGAGGGUAACACGAACGUAAAGGAACUGCACAAAGGGAUCUUUGGCGACCUCUCCUUCGAGCAAAUAAUCGUGCGCGACAGUGCCUUGGAGAGGAUCGAUUCCAUGGCCAUCCUCCCCUCCAAAUCCGAGCUCGUGAACAUCUCCGUUCAUCGUAGCCGCUUGAAGUCGUUUCCCUUCGAUAUCGUGCCGGACCUCCCCCGCCUCAAAAGGCUUUGGCUCUACGGAGGUUUGCUGAGCUCGGUUCCAGCCAUCCGGAGUAUGAGCCUCGAUAUAUUCUGCCUCUCAAACAAUAACAUGGAGUUGGUGAUGGAAGACGGAUGGGCAACUCCCAACGUCACGGAAUUCAACAUCGGCUAUAAUCCCCUGUUGAAGCUGCCAUUUGCAGUGAUCAAGGGCCUGGAGAAACUGGAGGAAUUAUAUUGCUCGGGGUGCGAUUUGGGACCCACCCUUCCCGUAGGCCUGCUGGAAUUCCACAGCAAGACCUUAAGGAUAGUGUCCCUCUGGCACAACCGCAUCUCGAAAGUGGAGCCGGGAGCCUUCACAGGCUUGAGGGCCGACACCCGAGUGGACCUAAGGGGCAACGAGAUCGUGGCAUUGACAGAAGAAUCAUUUCUCCCCAUUCUGGAAAUCCUCUCGCGGGGGAACGGGCUGCUUUACCUGCAGGACGAACCCAUGAUCGACUGCGAUUGCAGUGUGGCCUGGCUGGUUCGCGAUCCGAGCUUACACGGGAGCGUGAGUUCAGGCGCCUGCCGAAGCGGAACUCUUAUUCGAGACCUUCACCCGACUUCCUUCCGGGAAUGCCUGGAGGCGACGAAGUGCUCGCCGCCUCCCCAGUGUCUCGGCGGCUCGAAAGGUGGAAGAUGCGUCGAUUCCCAGCGUGAAUGUUUCUGCGAUGGGGGGACUCUCGACGUGUCCUUCGCCUGUUCCAAAGCGACGCAAUUCUGCUGCAUCGGCAACGCCUCGCCGGCCCGAGAUUGUCCUCGACGCGAUCUGGCUGAGGCGACCGGUUGUGAUCCACUUUCUGGUGACGAACAUGGACAUUUCAAGAUUCUUUCUUGUCCUCUACCUGGAGGGAGGAUGUUUCACCGUGAUCGCGAAGGUGUUCGAGACGAGACAGAAUGCCUCCCAGGCGGAAGAUAUCGGGUCGGUAGUAAAGUGGAAUAUUCCUGCCAUCACUAUUACGUUCUGAGGGGUCCGCGCGUUCGGACGUGCGGAAAGGAUCAAGAAUGGACAGGGCCUCCCCCCUUCUGUGAACCAGAUUGUGGAAAAAACAUGAAAGUAGGCAGAUGGGAAGGAGUCACUAUGUUCAUGGCCCGUGGGAAGGAAGCGCCCAUCGGGGAGUGGCCAUGGCAGGUGGCCAUCUACGAUAAAAAUGAGAAGUUUAUCAUUUGUGGAGGGGCUCUGAUUGGACUGCGAUGGGUUCUCACGGCAGCACAUUGUGUCGUGAACGACGAAGUCCGAGAAGCGAAGGAAUUCCUCGUGUAUCUUGGCAAGCACUACCGAAAUGACUCCAGGGACGAUGGAUUCGUGCAGGAGAGAAAGGUGACUCAGAUCAUUCCGCACUACAAAUACAGCCGUCAGCAGCACGAUAUGGACAUAGCCCUGUUAAAACUCAACGAGUCCGCCAAGUUGACGAAAAGGGUUCAGUUGAUCUGUCUUCCGACUCAAGAAUACCUGUCUGAGUACAACGUAGAUCAUGGAAUAGAAGGAUGGAUGGCAGGGUGGGGCGAAGACGACUCAAAUUCCCCAUCAACUUCCUUGAAUGAAUUACGACUUACAGUCCAUGCUCGAAAUGCUUAGUUUAAGACGAUGUGUUUGGGGGAUUCGGGGAGUCCCAUGGUCUUCCGCUCCCAUCCCAGCCUGAGAAGUCCCUGGGUGGUCGAAGGAAUCUUGAGUCACAUGUACCUCAAAAGGGACAACCAGACAUGUUCCGAAGUAGUCUCUGGACAGUUCGGCGUUUUCACGAAAGUAUCUUCGUGA